CAAGUAACACUGCUGUGCAAUUUCUUCAGAUAAUUUACUGCAAUUUGUUUCUACUGCCAGCUGUUAAAUAUUCAAUAAGCAGAUCUAGCUCCAUCCACCUAGGCGUGGUAAAGUGCGUAACAGACAGGGGUAAGCUCUUCACGUAAAACUAGUUCACCAAGUUUUACUCAGUGGAGUUGGUGAUCUGAGUCUGUAGAAUUUCCAGCACUUGUUCAUCCUACAGGCUACUGCAGUUUUAGAGUUUCACACAAAACAUUGGAAGUGAAGCGUGCUGUUCCUUACCUCAGGACUUCUGCUGAAACUGUAUUUUGUCAAACAAAAGCUUCAAAACUCCAGGAAUGGCUUCCCAUCAGAAUUUUUAUAGCGAUUAUUUGCCAGACCACAUUCAACCACCGGCGUAUGGAGAUUCACGAGAAAUAUAUCCACCACCUCCCUACCAAAAUCUACCACAAAACCAACCCCCUUACAUUAACGCUGGCCGCUACCCUGCUCAACCUUACCCCAGCACUGGACCAGCACCACACCAACCCUACUAUAUUCCGGCUCCAGCUCCAAGACCUCCUCCAACUCAAGUCACCCAAAAUAAAGUUCCAAAGUCUUCAGAUUGCUGCGAUCUAAAGAGGAGGACCUACUAUUGUAUCAUCUCGCUGUUUCUAGUACUUUCUGCACUGGGCAUCGGUGCUUGGAUUGUCUUCAAGUUCUUAGUGGAUAGUCCAAAAGGAUCAUCGAGCAGACGCUGCUCAAACCCAAUAAUCCACUGCAAUGGCAUCAGUGAUUGUGAGGACAACAGUGAUGAACUGGGAUGUGUCCGAUUCAGUGGAGGGGAAUCACAGCUGGAGAUCUACGCGUGGAAAGACAAACAAUGGUUACCUGUUUGCUAUACCGCCUGGAGUCAAUCUUUGGCAGACAGAACAUGUCAACAACUGGGGUUCCAAAGUUCUUACCACAGCUAUAGUAUAACUGCAAAGAAAUCUCCAACCCUUGUGGUCAACACAACAGAAAGAGGGACCAAUAUACAAAGUAUGUUGAGCUACAGUUCCCAGUGUUCCACCAACAAAUCCGUCGGUCUCUAUUGUGUUGAUUGUGGUAGAAGGUUCAAGACAUCAUCCAGAAUCGUGGGUGGAGCACCUGCCCGACUGGGAAAGUGGCCCUGGCAAGUUAGUCUUCAAUUCAAGUCGCGGCCAGUGUGUGGUGGAUCCAUCAUCUCACGUGACUGGGUGAUCACAGCAAGUCACUGCAUUUUUGAUGAGGAAGCACUUAACCCAUCCAAUUGGAAAGUGUACAGUGGCUUCAUUUCACAACACCAGCUCUCAAGCGCCACUUUGAGAUUUGUCUCAAAAAUCAUCACUCACGAGAACUACAACAGAGACAACAAUAAUAAUGAUAUUGCUUUAAUGAAGCUUACCAACCCACUGGAGAUAACAGAUAAAGUUAGACCUGUCUGUUUGCCAUCCUACAAUCAGGAAUUCACAGGUGGAACGCCUUGUUGGAUUACAGGAUUUGGUCGCGUAGAGGAGAGUGCAACCUCAGUCUCCAACACCCUUCUGGAAGCUCGUGUUAACGUAAUCGAUAGAGCGACCUGUAACCAGAGAAGCAUCUACGGUGGACUUAUAACAGAUCGCAUGAUCUGCGCUGGCAACCUCUCCGGGGGAGUCGAUUCAUGUCAGGGUGACAGUGGUGGGCCUCUGGCAUGUGAGGUGUCUGGAACCUAUUACCUAGCCGGAAUUACAAGCUGGGGUAUUGGCUGUGCUCGGGUAAACAGGCCAGGUGUUUAUACACAGGUGACGCAAUUCACAGACUGGAUCUUCACACAAAUGGAGGGUAACAAGUAAUAACAAUGUCUGCCAGUGAACACACAGGAAGCUACAAGCCAUGACCAUUAGCCCCAGACUGUGUCACUUUUCCUAAAGACAUUCAUCUGGGCAGGUGACUUUCUUCCAUUGGCUUGUUAGGCACGGGGAGUCUCUAUCGAGAAGAGUUCAUUUUGCUUGUGAGGUGCAGAUUGACUCAAUCACAGGGAGGAGUUCUGCAAAUAUCAAGCAGUGAUACACUUCUACACUUCACCCAGAUCUUCAAUCAAACCAAUUUUGUCUACCUUUCACCACUUCUUACUUGAUUGUGAAAAAUCCUUCAGAUUGCCCAAGGUUAUUAGAUGGGACUUUGUAUGUAUAAAGCUGCGUCUCCUUCCAGAGGUCACAGCAGAAAGGUUCAAUUUGACAUCCAGGGCAGAAAUUAACUUGUAGGUCAAUCGGCAAUCCAGACAGAAGUUACAACUAAAAUUGCAGUUUUCUUUGGAAGUGCUUUUUCUUCAAGUCCCAUUCAAAAUUAAAUGCAAAAUUUGUCAUGGACCAGAGCAAUUGACCAAGACAUAUUUUUAAAGAAAUUUGUUUUAGGUCAUUCUUUUUCUCAGUAUAUUUUGAAAGUGCUAGUAUUUUGUUAGUAUUUUUAACAAUAGUAAUUUAAUUUUAACAUCUAAUAAUACAUUUUAAGAAAUAGACAGAGCCAUUUACUGGUUCUACUGAAAUACAAUCAGCUUCUUAGGAAUUUAGAAAAAUCACUUUCAUAAACCAUUUAAAGUGCUUGUUAGCAUCCUGUUGACUUGAAGAACUAGUUUCAUUUCUAGGGGUUCAUGAAGGAUCUGCAAGUGAGUGCAACCAGCAGAAAUACUGGGAGGGAGUGGGGUAGUUGGGUGGACAGAGCCUGCUUCCAGCAUAUUUUGUUCUAAAUUUACUCAAAAUGCUGCAGAAACUCAGUUUAAAUCAAAUGGAUUCUGCAUUUCAAAUUCUAUUAUGCCAAUAUAGGACACAGUGCGGAAAAUUACAGUUGAUUGAAGCCUGUGGUCUAAGAUUUGGAAUAGAUUGGCUCUGGGGCUGAGGGUGCUUUGUCCUGGAACUCAUAGGAGGUUAGACCAGGAUACCACACGAUUCAGUUCAAUUAUCAGUGAGCGGUGUAUGAGUGGGGCAGGAGGGAGGUCUACUUUCCUUCAGGACAUUUUUAUCAAUUGAAUACUAGGACAUAAGAAAUGGGUGCAGGGAUAGGCCACAAAGCCACUGGAGGCAUUUCUUCAUCUAACAUUAUGGCUGAGUUUCCAAUCACUUUCUGUCCCGAUAUUUUCCCUGAGCAUCAAAGCACACUUGUGUCUUCUGAUGGAUCUUGAUUGCCAAUCUGUUAAAGAAAAAUACAAAACAUUACCAACAAAUAUAUGACUAAAUUUGGGGACUUUAGAGCUUUUUAAUGUUGGUUUUCAAUGAAGCUAUUGGUUGUAGGUAAAGGACUUUCCCUUUCUUUUAUUCUACAGUCCAUAACAGAACCUUGCUGAAUGGUACGUGCCAAGUUUAAUUUUGAAUCUUGAUCAUAUUUAUUUUAUUUAAAAGACAGCAAUACAACUGGUGCCUCACCACUUCUGUAAAUUGCAUUCAACCCUGAUAUUCAUUCUGUCUAUGUGGAGUUUGCAUGUUCUUUCCCCUGGGAGUUCCUGCUUCCAACCACAUGCCAAAAGGUUGGUGGGUUAAUUGGCCAAUGUAAAUUGCUCCUACAGUGUGCAUGAGUGGUAGCAUCUGAGGGAGUUAAUGGAAAUGUGGAGAGGAAAAAGUGGGAUCAGUCUAGUAUAAGUGCCUGAUGGUUGGUGCAGACUGUAUGGGCCUGAGGGCCUGUCUCCAUGCUUUGUGACUCAAUAAUUCACUCUGUGAGACCAAGUCCUGCUCUUACUCCAUUGGUGUAUGAGCUAUCAUUAUUAUAAUCUUCAGCUUCCUCCUCCAAAGGCAAUUCUAGCUUUGUUUUUCUUCAUUACAUACAUACAAGUGUGAGGGGGCAGAACUUUAAAGUGUUUGGAGAGAAGUAUAGGGGAGAUGUCAGAAGUAGUUUUUUUAUAAGCAGAGAGUAGUGGAUGCAUGGAAUGCACUACCAGGGAUGGUGGUAGAGGUAGAUACUACUAGGGACAUUUAAGAGGAGACUCUUAGAUAGGCACAUGAAUAAAAGAAAAAUUGAGGGCUAUGUGGCAGGGAAGGGUUAGAUAGAUUUUAGAAUAGGUUAAAGGGUCAGCACAACAUUGUGGGCCAAAAGGCCUGUACAGUUCUAUGUUAUAUUGCACUCAAGUAAGGGUAAAACAUGAAAAAAACAACAAGCAUUUGCUCUUUUAUAUCACGUUGAUGUUGUAAAAUGCCCCAUGAUAAUUUAUUGGGUAAUUAUAAAACAAAAAAUAUAACACCAAAACAUAUAAGGAAAUUUCAGGAUGCAACCAUUGGGUAAAAGAGGUAGAAUUUCAGAAAGAAGAGAGUGCAAGAGAAAGGAUGACAUAAAGGAGAGAACCAUGGGUUCCAGGGAACAGCAAGCACAGCUGCCAUUAAUGGGCCAGAGUUACUGGAGCACUGAGUACUAUGGACGGGAGAGGUUACACAGGUAGGGAAUGGGCCUUGGAGAUACUUGAGAACCAGUAUUAGAGUCUUAAAAUGGAGAUGUUCUGCACUAGAGCAGAGGGCAGAGGGGUGAACGGGAUUGUGAGUAUUUAGAUAAAGACAGCCUGGCGGAGAAAUAGUGGCCUUAAGGCUAGAAGCUUAGCAAGGUCACUAGAUAUUUGUUCCCAACUGAUGCCAACCAAUGUUUAUAACCAGGCUUAUUCCAGGCUAGUCAAGGGUUUUGCUAAGGAUCAGAAAUGCCUCUGUUCUUCCUCAAAGUAUUCUGCCCAUUUUAAGAGAACAGUUGAUUUAAGAUGAUACCCAAAGUGAUUAAUAGAAUGAUUAAAUCAAGCAUCUUAUAUUUUCAAUCUAGAUAUGAAUUCCUGUGUUUUCAAUCUAGAUAUUAAUUCCUGUGUAUUUUUAUUUUAUUGAGAGGAUAAUUGUCUAACUAUUUCCUGCCUUGAAUGUGGCAGAAAGCCGUAUGUAUAUAUUUCUAUCAAUGUUAAAAAUAAUGCAGUGUCAGUACUGAUCAUCACUCUCGUGAAUUUGAUGAUUCUUUUGUUUGCUUGAGAACAAUUUUCUUAAUAUUUGUUUGUCUAUUGAAGAUGUUUGUAAUGUUUUGACACCCCUUCAUAUCCUAUGUUCACAGAACAUCGUGAAUACUUUAGGAAUACAACUCUAAUGCUUAGUAUUAGGGUUAGAUCCAAAGCAGAUUAGAGAGAGAGAAUGAUUUAAACCAAAUACCAGCCUUACAAUAAAGUGCUAUUAUUCCCAUUGACAUGAUUGUGAAACUCCUGGGAUAUUACCUAUAAUGCAUUUCCAAGGCAGACUUUCAGUUCCUCAGUGAAGAUGGAUAACAAGUAGGAAGGAGGGAACUGGAGAGAGGAGGAACUUAAAAAUAACAUUAUGCUUUUUCAGUAUAGUUUACAAGGGAUCUAAAGUCUAUUGGUUCAUAAUUUGGUUUCCAAACCACUUCAGUCCAAACGCCUAAUCUUCAAGCACUUCCAUUUGACUUCCCUAACAUUCUGUGAUUGAGAAGAUUGGUAAGUACCUUCCUUGUGAGAUGCAUUCAGCCCUAAUUCACUCCCAAUGAGAAGACAUCUUGUUGCGAGCUAACAUACAUCUCUCACAUCACACGAACUGCUAAUGUUUAAAAGAUUUUGACAUAAAUCAAUUUAUCUGCAUGUGAAAGAACUAACGUGGACAAGGGUUAUUGGGCACAUAGGAACAUGAAUAUGAUAUUCAGUCUUUUGAGCUUAUUCUGCCUUUCAGAGAGACUAUUAGUCAUUGUACCCUAACCCUUAACAAACUAAUCUUAACUAACAUUUAGCCAACCUAAAUUUGCCGAUCUUAGAUUUAAAUGUCAUUGAACUAGCAUCUAUUAUGUUUUGCAGGAGCGACAUAACCCUUCCCCCACACUUACAAUAUAUUACAAUAUUGAUUCCUGGGAUGGCAGAACUUUCAUAUGAUGAAAGACUGGAUGAAUUAGGCUUAUACUCGUUGGAAUUUAGAAGAUUGAGGGGGGAUCUGAUUGAAACGUAUAAAAUCCUAAAGGGAUUGGACAGGCUAGAUGCAGGAAGGUUGUUCCCGAUGUUGGGGAAGUCCAGAAUGAGGGGUCACAGUUUGAGGAUAAAGGGGAAGCCUUUUAGGACCGAGAUUAGGAAAAACUUCUUCACACAGAGAGUGGUGAAUCUGUGGAAUCCUCUGCCACAGGAAACAGUUGAGGCCAGUUCAUUGGCUAUAUUUAAGAGGGAGUUAGAUAUGGCCCUUGUGGCUAAAGGGAUCGGGGGUAUGGAGGGAAGGCUGGUACAGGGUUCUGAGUUGGAUGAUCAGCCGUGAUCAUACUGAAUGGCGGUGCAGGCUCGAAGGGCCGAAUGGCCUACUCCUGCACCUAUUUUCUAUGUUUUCUGUAUUUCCUUUGCACAACAAAAAUCCUAACUUCUCUAGUGAAUCACCUGUCUUGAAAUGCAAUUCCACAAACGUCCACAAUCCAUCCUCCCUGUCUUCAAACAUAUUAAAUUACCCACAAAUGUGAAGCAUGUACAUUAUUUAUAUAUGGUUGGUUGGAUAUAUUUUUUCUAUUCUCUCUGAUUAAUGAAGUAAUCAAAUAAACUUUCUUCCUUAAAAGAAAGGGGUAAGAAUUGGUUGAGUUAAGCAAUAGAAUUGUGAUCUUGGACUCCUUAUGAAGUGUAGAAAAUAUUGAUUGACAUCUAGUGUUGGCAAAAAUUGCUGGAGCACCAAUAACUUGUAAGCAAAAUAUAUUUGAAAUCAAACUUGAAUGUGGAAAGAAAA